UUUUUCAAUUUUAAGAUGGAUCAGGGUUUCUAAAAUCAUUCAUCCACGAGGAAAGAGUCCAGUCUUUAAGUAUUUGACAAGAUCCAAGGAUGAGCUCAUCAUGGAGGCAUUCCAGAAGAAGAUGGGUGAUGUUGAAGGAAAGUUGACCGGAUUCGAUGAAAAGCUAUCCGGGUUCAAUCAAAAGCUAGAAGGUGUCGACGAGGUAAAAAAUCAACUAAAUUUGCUGAUAGGGAUGAUGUCAGCAAAGAAGAAAGAGGUAGCAACCAAUGAUGAAGAAAUGUCAGUUUACAAUGACGAUAAUGGCAAGCCACAUAAUGGGGGCAAUUCGAGCAAGAAAUUCAUCAGUAUACCCAUAAACGAGAAGCUUGAUAAAGACAAAAUUGGAUCAUCAAAACUUGAUGACUCGCAAGGGAGACGGAAGUUAAAAGAAACUGUGAUCGAUGCCAUGUCAAGAGAAAAACUUGAACGACUCGAUGAACGAAUAAGAGCUAUAGAAGGAACGGAGUCAUACGGGCCCACAGAUGCAUCGCAAUUAUGUUUGGUCCCAAAUGUGAUGAUACCUCACAAAUUCAAAAUGCCAGAAUUUGAAAAGUACGAAGGUGCUACUUGCCCCAGAAGCCACAUGGUUAUGUAUUGCAACAAGAUGGCUAACCAUAUUCGGGAUGAAAAAUUGUUGAUACAUUGCUUCCAGAAUAGCUUAAGUGGUCCAGCUCUAAGAUGGUAUAUGCAACUCGAAAGAUCAAAGGUGAAGAGAUGGCAAGAUCUAGCUGAUGCAUUCUUCAGACACUAUAAGCAUAACCAAGAUUUAGCUCCAGACAGGGAGGACUUGCGUAAUAUGGAAAAACAAGAGAAAGAAUCCUUUCGUGAAUAUGCCCACAGAUGGCGAACAAAAGCCGUAGAUGUUCAACCUCCUCUAUCAGAGAAAGAAAUGGUGUCAAUCUUCUUCGACACACUCAAGCCUCCCUACUAUAACAACAUGGUAGGAAUUACCACGAAUAACUUUGUCGAUCUUUUGAUAAUCGGUGAAAGGAUAGAAAAAGGGAUCCGACAAGGCAAGAUGGAAAUACCAGAAGGCUCCGCGAGACUAAGCCAGAAAAAGAGAAAGGAAGAAGAGGUAUAUUCAUCCCACAAAGAAGCAAAAGAGAAAACACGAAAAAGCAAUUUUCAAAAUAAUCAAGCCCUCCCAUAUGUUGCAACUACCACACAAAUAUUGCAACCUCCAAACUUCAUGAAAUCAACUAUCCAAAAUCCCACACCAAUACCACGACAAGGUGCCAAUCGAGAUGUUAGUAUCACAAGGAAAGCAAAAAGGGUAUUUGACCCCAUCCCGGUCACGUAUACCGAACUCUUUCCUCGAUUACUCCAUGAUCAUCUAAUCACUCCUAUUCCGGGUGAGACUCUACAACCUCCAUUUCCAAGGUGGUAUAGGUUCGACAAGCAUUGCAAUUACCAUUCAGGAGUCCAAGGGCAUUCAAUGGAAAAUUGCAACGCUCUGAAGAUAAAUGUUCAAGACAUGGUGAACGCCGGAUGGUUGAAGUUUGAAUAAGAGGAGAUCGUUUACACGUUAACAACUGCCUACUGCAGACUCAUGGAAGUCAAUAAGCAUAACCCCAAAUAAAUAUCAGAUAGUUCGCCACAAUAAAGAUGUAUUACCUUU